AUGGUUUUGCAGGUGGUGUCUGCGUUCAGGCACACCAAGGGCCCUAUGAUGCGCACAGCGGCGAAGAAACGUUGGCUGGAAGACGCACGGGGUGGGGAGAUGGUAACAAUGGAGACAUGGUUCGGGCAGUCUGCAAAACCUCACAAGGGGGAUGGGGACCCGAAAUGGGGCCCUGGGAGUGCGAAUGUGAUGUCAAUGGUAAGGUUUGGCCUUGGAUGGCGGCGAGCAACUGUGCAACCAGAUGGGGUAUGGAGCCGGAGCGUCGAUCGGAAUACAAAGCCGACGACGGGAGAUGAUGAUUGUGGACUCGAGCUGACGUGGAGUAGUUGGCGGCGAAUCCGAAUUACCCGUAUUGAGGGGGAUUUAAAAAAUAUUAACAAUAUUAUUUUUGAAAUCCGGAAGAGGAUUUACUUGAACAGUGAUUGUAUUUGUCUUUCGCCACCGAAUAACCACGUCGAGCAGCUGAAGCAAGAAGCAAUGGCAGAGCCCAAUAUUUGCCAAGACCAGAUCGUGGAGUUCUCCACUGAAGAUGUUGCUGUGAGUAUGCCGAGGGCAAAAAUGAGCCUCCUGGGGAGACUCUUCAUCGAGAACCGGCCAAGCUUGUCAGUCAUGCAUAAGAUUGUCACGAAUGCUUGGGAAUGCCGUGGAGGAGAUGGGGUCCCGGACGAAGCAAGUGCGGCAGACCACCUGGCCGAGUGCUGGUGUCCGCGGAAAGCAAGUGACAGCGGGUGGGGGCAGUCUGAGAUGGGGCUGAAGGUGCGCGGGGACGGAGGGAAGGGAGGCGGUAAAGGAAACUCAAAAAGGGAGGAGGGAUUGGUUGCAGGGCGUAGUUCGGAGCGAGAGCAGGAGCAGGGCUCGGGUGAGAGGGGGAAACCGUUGAUGGAAGGGCGGCCGGAGGUGGGGCUGAAAGUGGCUGCAAGCCAAGGCGCAAAGAAGAGUACGACCUCGCCAAAAAUGGAGGGUGAUGAUGCUAGGGUAGUUGAUGUGCAGGCCACGGAGGAGGGAACUAAAAACCUAAUUUGUGAUCAGGUUGCGGUGGAGCCCGGAAAGAUGGACAAAGGGGAGAAUUCAGAGAUGCUGGAUGCGGCCACAAUAGUGACAGAUGAGCGGUGUCUGAUGAGGGGAUCCUUAUGCGGUUCAUUUCCCUGCUCCGGCGGGUGUGGAAGUCUCGCAAUUGGGUGGUGUUCGAGGGAUGCCAGUACCAAAGGGUGGUCCUAA